AGGAUUCUUGGGGGCCCUAUGCAACAACAAGGCAUGAAGCUGAUCCAGACCGUCAAGCGCCGCAUGGGCAACGAGGAGAGCAAGAGCAAGGCUCCGAAAGACUCCAAGGUUCGUUCAACAGAAGGUGGUGACGGCAAGAAAGUUGCAGGAGGGCUUCGUUCAGCGACCGACGCCGGCUCCUUCACGUCGCUCCCGAAGCUGCGAGAGCUGCGCGACGCCCCGGCCGUGGAGCGGGGCGAGCUCUUCCGCCGGAAGAUGGAGGCGUGCUGCGUGGUCUUCUCGGGCCGAGCGAACGAGCGCGAGAAGGAGGCCAAGCGCCAGACGCUGCUGGAGAUGGUCGAGUACGUUAACAGCACGCGCAACUGCUUCAACGAGUCCCUCAUGCAGAGUGUCGUCAGCAUGGUCGGCGCGAACAUCUUCCGGGCUUUGCAGACGCGGAGCAGGGACGUAUUGACCUUCUCGGAUCCCGAAGACGACGAGCCGUAUUUGGAGAAGACUUGGCCGCACCUGCAGAUAGUAUACGAACUGUUUUUGCGCUUCGUCGUGUCGAACGAUGUUGAUCCCAAGAUAGCUAAGAGGUUCGUGGACCAAAAUUUCAUGUUGAGGUUACUCGAGCUUUUCGACUCCGAGGACCCCCGCGAGCGCGACUACCUCAAAACGAUAUUGCACCGCAUCUACGGUAAGUUCAUGUCCUUGCGGUCGUUCAUCAGGCGCGCAAUCCAACACGUGUUCUUUAAAGUCAUAUACGAAUCCGAGAGCCACAGCGGUGUCGGCGAGCUGCUUGAGAUUCUUGGUAGUAUCAUUAAUGGGUUCGCGCUGCCACUGAAAGACGAGCACAAGGAAUUCUUGACCAAGGCUCUAACACCCCUGCAUAAGGUGAAGUCCCUGGGAUCUUUCAACCAGCAGCUUUCCUACUGCUUGGCGCAGUACGUGGAGAAGGAUCCGCGCCUCGCCUACGACAUCAUCACGGCCAUGCUACGCUUCUGGCCCCAGUCGAUCACGGCCAAGCAGGUUCUCUUCUUGAACCAACUGGAGGAGACGCUAGAGCUCACGCAGCCGUCCGAGUUUCACCGCAUGCAAGAGCCGCUGUUCCGCCGGGUGGCGCAGUGCAUCAGUUGUCCGCAUUUCCAGGUGGCUGAGCGUACCCUCUUCUUUUGGAACAACGACUACAUCGUGAAGCUGAUCAACCAGAAUCGCCACACCCUCUUCCCUAUAAUCAUCGGGGCUCUGUACGACAACUCAAAGCAUCACUGGAACAGCGCCGUUCACGGCCUCACCUUCAACGUGCUCAAGUUGCUGAUGGAGGCAGACAGUGAGCUUUUCGACCGGUGUUCUGCGCAGCACCGCCUUGACGAGGAUGCCAAGGAGAGCCGCGAGCAGGCGCGCCAGCAGAAGUGGAAUGUACUGCGGGACCUGUACAGAUCGAAGGCGGGUGGCCUCUGCCUGUGAGGGAGGACUCGCCCCUCCCAUGGGCCCCCACAGGCAAGUCCAGCGCAGCGCUGCACACAGUAUGCUGGCAGGAUUCCGCCCCAGCCAUGCGAGGGCGAGAGCCGGGGUGCGAGGCCCGCUCGUGCAGGCUCGCAAGCAGCGGCGUGCUGGUGAAAACCACCUGCUGAGCUCCGACGGGUUGCGGCCAGCAGCGUCGGACCGCCGUGGCCAAGACCUUGCGCAGCCCAGCACUGGCGCCCGCUGGCCCGUUGCCUGCCUCUGGGCGCUUCCCGCUGUGGCUGGCCGGAGGGGAGCCCGUCCCUCGUUUGGGGUCCGGGGCCCUCGAUCUCACCCUCUGCAGGGCAGGGGUGGACCUAAACGGUGUUUUGGCGAUUUCGUGGGCCGUUUUCGUUUCGAUUUCGUUUGGCGUUGAAG